AUGUGGGAAGUCAUCACCGAUGGACCAAUCGUCAUCACCGAAGUGGUCAAGAGGAUUCCAAUGGACAUGACAAGAGAUCCAUUUGAUGAAAUCCAAAUCAACUUAAAGGCCGACUUCACCACAAAAGAAAAAAAGCAAGAUGAGCUCGAUAAUCUUGCCAAAAGCAUCAUCUCCGGAACUGUCCCAGACAAGCACGUCACCAAAAUCAUCAAGUUCAAGCCGGCAAAGAAGAUGUGGAACAUUCUUGAAGGAAUAUGCAUCGGAUCAGAGGAAAUUAAGGAGAACAAGCUGUCCAUAUCUUGUCAAAAGUUCGAUUCCUUCCUCAUGCUAAAAAACGAAUCAGUUGAAGAGAUGGAGCUCAGAUUCAACCUGGUUUCGAAUGAAGUGAAAAUCUAUUGA